AUGACAGACCCCCGGGUGCGUGCCAGCGAGGGGAAGCCCAGCCUGUCCUUUUCCAUUGAGGAAAUCUUAAAGAAACCUUCUGCCAGCACAGCCCUAAGCAGUGGAACCAGGAACAGAAGUAACUAUGCUGAGAGACCUCCAGCCCUAAAAGCAGGGUCACCACUGGCCUUUGGUUCCAGCAGCAGAAGUCAGUUAGACUGUGAUGUACCUUCAGCCAAAAUGCUUCUCCCUGCCAUGUGUGCUACACCCAUGGCCAGGGCAAAGAAAGUGCAGGCAGCUCACUGCAGGAGACCUGCUGACAGCCCAGCUUCGCCCCUGGGUGAGGACACAGGACGUGAACACCUGGAAGGCAAAAGAAAACACGAGGAAGAAGAAGAUCAGCUACGCGAUUUCCCGGUGGACCAUUCACUUCAUGUUGAGAGGAAAGGGAAACGGAGAAUCCGGACAACGUUCACAGCUGAGCAGCUUCAGGAACUGGAGAAGAUUUUCCAAGUGACUCACUACCCGGAUGUCCAUAUUCGAAACCAACUGGCAGCAAAGAUAAAUCUCCCAGAAGCCAGAGUUCAGAUCUGGUUCCAGAACCAGCGAGCAAAGUGGAGGAAACAUGAAAAGUUUGGCAACUUUGGUGGCCUUCAGCAUCUGACAGAAGUUGAUUUCAUUCCUGCUGCCAAGUCAGAUAUCACAGCUCCUAGCUUGAUGCCAAGAAAGCUCGCUGCUACCAUCCCUGCCGUGGAAUACUACUUACCGCUGCAAGGGCAGCUGACAACUGCCUGGCUGCCCAGCACACUCUCCUUCGUCCCCCACCACUUGGAGCUCCUGCCCUUCCCAAAACCGUACUUGCUCUUCAAUGUCCUCCCCCCUUACAGCACGCCGCUACCCCAAAAGUUGGAAAGGAGCAGUAUCUGCGCCAGCUCCACAUAG